ACCUCUCUCCUCACACUCUGUCUCUCCCUCCCUCUCCCUCUCCCUCUCCCUCUCCCUCUCCUAAACUCCCUGCUUCUUUCUCUCUCCUCAAAUCCUAUCCGCCUCCCCUUCUCUCCUCAACCUCGCCAAUCAAAGCCUCUGCCUCCCUCCCUCUCCUCAACCUCGCCGCUCAAAUUUUCCUCCGGCAAGGUUCGUGCACAAGAAUUCGGCGGCGUUGAAGCUGGAAGGCGGUUGAUUCGGUAAGGAGCGGCGGCGGCGAAGUUUGUAAAUGAGAUUUCGACAAUGGAAGAGGGAGAAUCGGGGUCAUAGAAGAGGUGGAGGAGGAUGUCGGAGGUGGAAGCGUCGUUGAAGCCGCCGGCGUCGCAUCCUUGCUACUGUCGCAAUCGAACCAUCGUUUUCGAAACCCUUGGAAAGAGAAGCUUGACGGCGGAGGUUUCUGGAGAAACUAGAUUGACGGCGGCGAGGGUGGAGGAAGGAGGCGGGACGGUUAGUCGGAGUGUUCUGCAGGCUGGUAUGUUGCAGAUGAUUGUCUGCUGUCUGGUUGGUCUGCAGAGUUGGUGUUGCUGCUUCUGUGUCUUGUUGGUGCAGUUGCUUUUGUGUUCGUUGUUGCUGGUCUGUUGGUUUGCUGGCGUGAGUGAGGGCGUGUUGCUGCUCUAUUGUGUGCAGGCUGUGUGUGUUGUUGCAACUUGGUGUGUGCCUCGGCUGCAGUUGGUGCUUUUUUGUUUGUUUUGUUUCGGGUUGCGGUUUGUGCACCCUAGUUCUCGUUUGUUUUCUUUGUUUCGAUUAGGAUUUUUCUAGCUUUUGGCAAUAAAAUUUGUUAUUUUACCAAAAAUAAAAUGUCGUUUUAGUUUUGGUUUA